AUGAGUAAGCAUCUUGCCCGUGACAGUUCCGUGUGGAAUAGGCUUAUAUAUGGCCUGUCCCGGGUCCCACUCAAUGUGGACCACGAACAAUCGAUUUCGGAGAAAGAGGUGGAAAGGAACAGGAAGAAGCCAAUGAAUUUCAGGCUUGUCAUUUUCUAUGCCUGGAUGGCAAUAACAACGGUUUUUGCGUUGUACGAGGUGCUGAAGUUUUCUCUUCCAUCCAACCUCAACCCAAGCCUCGUAUCAGGUGCCAAUGACAUAUCAAAGCCGAAGGUCGGCCUUAGUUCUAAGGCUGGCGUUUUGUUUGCCAACAAGGAACCUUCAAAUGAGAUAAUUGAGGUCUCCUAUCCCUUCGUUCCUAGCGAGAGAUAUGGGCAGUCAUUGCACACCCAGCUCUUGGUGAAUGACACUUUCGACCUGUGGGGACACCCACUGUUUGCUCAAUACUCUCCGCCAGAUGUCGAGUUCAAUAGAGUGGUUUUGACAUUACAUGUCAACAUCACUGGCAUUCAGUAUGACAGAUUGGGUCAUCUCUUUGUUGGCGGCGCAGAAGUGUGGAGAACCAGUACCAUUGAACCAGGCGGAUCGCUUGUCUUCUCUGUUUUCAGCAAGGAUGUAUCGAAGUACCUUGCUCUUUUCAAGGAAGAGAGCGAUGUCUUAUUCCAAUUGGAUAAUGUUGUCACUGACCGCUACACUGGCAAGCCUCACGUCGAAUUGUAUGCUGAUUACUACUAUGACGCAACCGCCGCCUCAGAUGCAGAGUUCGGCCAGGUGCUUGUGAACGCUGCUUCCUCUGAUCCCAGAUACCGAUAUUUCGAUAUCAGAAAGCCUGCCGAUAAGGUAUAUCCAUUGAUAAAAGAGAAAGAUCCCAAGACACCGCCUAUCACGACGAUUUCCGGGGAGGAACGCCUCACCAUCCAAUUACCCCAGGUUUCGAAAAACACAACUAGGUUGCAGUUGGAUAUCUUUGCCAGUGGAAAUGGAGACGAGGAGUUCUGGUACACCAACGUGUUGGACAAGUACAAGGACGUUUUCGGAUCUGAUAGCGGCUUGUUAGGACAUGGUCCCUUGCGUAUCGUUAACGUAUUCUUUGAUGGCGAGAAGAUCGCCUCGCAAACUCAGCAGCCAUUCAUUUUCACAGGUGGUAUUUCGCCUUCUUUCUGGUCACCUAUCGUUGCAAUCAACGCUUUUGGCCUUCCCAGCAUCAAUGUUGAUGUCUCUGGAUUGUUGCCGUUAUUAUGGGAAGGAGGCAACCAUACUAUAUCUUUUGACGUUAGCAAUGGGCUCGAUGAGGUUGACGGAGGUCACUCUGGUGUUGGCAACGGCUGGAUUACUGGUGUCAACUUGUUGACCUACGAAAACAAGGAUGUGGUUCAAGCAACGGGCCAGAUUUUGCACAUCGGUAACAGAACAAGAGGAAACCUGAUCUCUUUCGGACGCAAGACCUUUUUGCUGCAAAUCGUAAACGGUAUUUUGGAGAGUCAAUUGACCAGUGAACUCACAUUACAGCUUGCCAACGGUCAAGAGUUGAGUACGGUGGCCAGUCUGUUCAGCAAAGGAGAGAUUUCAAACGUUCAGCAAUAUCUCAACCUGGGUAACAAGCAAAGCGUUGUCCACACUGGCCAUAAUGCUAAGUCGUUCAUUCUUCUGAACAAGUAUGACCUUGAGGACAGAAUUCAUCAAACCAAUGUCUCUUUGAGUUAUCCAUUGGUGUUAGACUCCAAUCAGAAUGGUACUGCCAAUGCUACUGACUUGGACGUUUCUAUCGUUUAUUCUCUCGCUACGACCUUGGAUAUCGAUGACCACAGAGUCAUGGCGAGUGCCAUUGGACAAAAUGCAACUUCGGUAUUUCACUUGAGACCGGAUGGUAAUUAUGGGGACGCAAAAAUGACUACUAGAUAUAGCAUUCAGGUGAGUGGACCUACCAAAGAUUUCACUUAUAAGCGGAGAGUUGACGCUGAUCAUGGAAAGAUCACCUAUGAUCAAGAGAAUUAUGAGGAGAACACUAGCGAUUGGUCUGAGAUCGAUCAGCUUAUCGAAGAGUUGGCCAGCAUCAAUGGAACUGACCAUGGUCCGCUCCCCGAGCUUCCAACUGUAUGGUAA